UAGUGAUGUUGUGCAGUGCGAUGGAAGUACCGCUGAUUUUAACUAAAUUCUGGUAGUUGGCACAGGUUUUACUUUAUUGCAUUUCAUUUAACCGAAGUGAAUAGCGUAUGUUGAACAGUUUUUGGUGUACCUACAGAAUAUGGAAAUUCUUAUGAGUUCAAACAUUGUGGUGGAAUUUGUUGAAUUCGCAGUGAAGAAAAACUCGCGAACGGAUCAGUGAUGACAGCAGUGCAGCGGAAGUGGCAAUCUGUGUUGCAAUUUUCCGAUAAUAUUAAGGGCUGUGGAAAAGGUUCAGAGAUGUGGUCAAAUUGUUGAAGAAGUGGAAUACUACAUAUUUUUAGUGCGUUUGUGAUCAAAUUUCCUGACUGCGAAGAAUACCAUUUACAUAAAAGUUUAUAGGGUUUUAUUGUGCAAAAACCUUUAAUAAAACAGGAUUGUUUCGUGGCAUUAAUCUGCAAUAUUUCUAUCAUAAAUCGCACUCUCAACACAACUAAAAGUUACUGACAUUGUUUUGGGAGCAUAAAAUCCAUCAGUGGUGGCAGCCAGAGCUACCCGGCGCAUCGCGCGCAUUUCACAGUAGCUAAUCCAAGUUCGCUGGCGUCGGAACGUGUCGUGUGGGUAGGGGAAAACGUGCAUCUCCGUUAGUAGUACACUCAAACUGUAACCCAAGCCACGGGCACUAAACCGCUGAGAAUGUUCAAUUAUAGACGAUGUGUGACAGGCAGUCAACGACGGCAGCAGCAGCAUCGCCGACAGUAGUGUGGUAGCCUCAGUGCUCGACAAGUCAUCCUCCAGCCCGCGACUGGAACCGGCCAACCGAAAAGGCUGCACUGUGAAAAACUUGGCCUAACUGCGCGCGCCCUCUCAGGUGGAUUCGUCAUUGUGGAUUUGAGAUUUGAAGAAGGAGGCAAAAAUCCGAAGAGAGAACAAAGUUGGCUAGCUGUCAAAUUCGGUGCACUGGCAGGGGAUUUGUCUGCAUUAUUUAUGUUUUAGGAGUGCAGUCUGAAAGUACAGCAGCAGCAGAAGCGGCGGCGACCGCAGUUUGUUCAAAUUGGAUGUACAACAACUGCUUAGUAUUGUGUGAAAAUUGGAUCGAAUGAAGUGUGCAGAAAAUUGAUUGGUGGCGAAAUAGUUGAAAUGAUUCAAGUGCUCGUAUAAGAGUUCGGAACGAACGUGAUUUGAUUUUCUUUCCUUUCAUCCAAUCGAGAAUAUUUAAUGGUGUUCACGGUCUAAAUCGAGCUCGAGUGGAAAGUGUGCCGACAGAUUCGGGAUCGGAGAUAUUCUUCAAAAAAACGUGAUUGCAUUGCGUGUGCAGAUAGUGCUUUUAAGGCGCAGACAAGAAAUAGCACAGAGAUAGGAUUGGUUUUUUGGAUCAGUGCCAAAUUUCAUAGUUGUUAUCGUAAGAGUGUACAAUCGACGAAACCCUGGGAAUUAUAGUUGCAACGGGACGGAGUACGAAAAGGAUUGGCUUCUAUCCGGAGUCGCCGAGCGGAAUAUGGAUAGAAGUGUAGAUUCCAUUGGUAGUUGUUCACUUGAUGUAGACGCUGAUUCGACAGACUUUUCAGACACCUCCGGAGAGCUAAACUUUCUCACUCCCAACUCGGCUAAGGACAUUCAGCGAGAAUUCACCGCCGGCAUCAAGGAGCGUUGCAAAAUUCCGGUGAUCAACUGCCAGGCAGUAACGACCGUGUUGGAUCCCUUGACCGGAAACAUCAGCACCGUUCUCACGACGACGUCCCCACAGGCAGAGACGGCUACCACGCCGGUUGCCAGCAAAAAGCCCAGCUACCUGAAUCUGGCCUGCUGUGUGAAUGGCUACUCGAAUCUGACGACGUACGAUUCGAAGCUGAGGCAGGACAUCAACAAGUCCCGGGAAGUGUCACCGAACCGACCGAUCAUUGCCACGCUGCACUACAACCGGUCGGAGGGUGGCAAUUUCCAGCUGACUGCUCCCACGCUCAGCUACAUCAGUAUGAACAAUACAAUCAACAACAACAUCAACAGUGGGGGCAAAUUCGGUGGGAUGGUGAAUGGUUCGGGUCGGUAUGUAGGUGGUGGCGGGGGCGGUGCUGCCACCGGUCAGGAUGUGACGGAUAAUGCCGUGUUUAAUGGGAACGGAUUCAGUGGCGGGGGGUUGAGGACAAAAGUGAUUUCAUCGCAGUCCCAAAUUAGCAGCGUGAAGGAGACAGAAAAGGUUGUUAAGAAGAGCUUUAUUCAGCAGCGCGUCGAAAAGUUGUAUGGUAACGCGGAAGGUGUUGUGAUUAAUAAGCAAAUCUACAAUAGCAAUGAGAGGAAAUAUUUGAACAACAUUGCUAACGAAAAUGUAAGCAAAAACUACGCGAACGCGCUGCACAUGAAUGGGAUCGGAAGUGUAGCCACUAAUGGUGCAACUCAUGGGGUCGGUCCCGGGGGCGGCGGUGGUGGUGGUUGUGCUCUGGGUUUUGGUAGUGGAACAAAAGAGAAUCUCGAUGAAAACAAUAAGGAAAUAGCCGAUGAUCCAGAUAUGGAAGCGCUGCCAGUGUUGAGGCAUUUGAGGCCCGAGUUUCGUGCGCAGCUCCAAAUCUUCUCACCUAAAAAAGUUCCCAAGACGUCGCCGAGUCGGUCUAUUGCGGUGGCUGGGAACGGAACUGUCAACGGCACCAACAACAAUCAUAUAAUCUCCAAUGGAGACCUAAGUCACCAUCAUCAUCACUCGCAUUUCGCCAAUGGCAAAGUCACAUCCAACGGAACGAUCACAUCGCUCUCGUCUGCAUCGUCACUUCUCUCCUCAUCGUCCUCGUCUUCGGCAUUAGAAUCGAAGCGAGAACAGCACACUACAGUGACAACCACCAAAACCACAACCAUCAAGUCAUCCGUGGCUUGCAGUGAAUCUCGAUCCGAACCGACGUUAUCAGUAGUCACGCCGUCGAAACCUGUGACGUCCGGUGUCACCAGUGACGCUACAGUUGCUCCCCUUUACGAUAAUAGAAGAACCACGUUAGAAUCUCGCUUGCCUAUCACUACAAAGUCGGGUACGACGAAGAGUGUGCCAGUAGCAAUCGAGCAAGCAUCAGUUGAACAGCAGCCCAGUGGUGUAGAACAAAAGAUGAUAAUUGCUGAACCGACGACGAUGGCGGUCAACGGGGGAGACGUUGGGGAUUGCGUUGUGGGCAUGGUGACGAGGAGUGCAGCCAGCAGGAAAAAUGGCCAUCAUCAUUAUCCGAUUGAGAAUAAGGAGAAUGUGAACGGAACCGAUCCGGUCGUGGAAGUUAUGCCGGCCAAGACACAAGUCAAAGAUGGAAACUACUUUCUUCAGGUGCUCAAAAACGAACAGAAUAGACUACUUACAAUGGCAGCGAACAUUGAGAGGGACGUUGAUCAGUUGAAGGCUGAUGGUGUGGAGAUCAGUGAAGAAGUGGCCGGUUAUGUGCUAGUGGCUGCCGGCAAGGCGCGACUUCUAUGUUCCCAAAAGAUGAAGCAGUUUGAAGGUCUGUGUUAUAAAAAUCUAAACCAAUCACCGGAGGAGAAAUUUCAAACGACGUGCGAGGAUUUGCGCGGAUUCUGGGAUAUGGUGAUGUUGCAGGUUAAUGAUGUAGACGCGUCUUUUAGUGAGAUUGAUUCGUUCCGGAGAAAUGGAUGGAAGAAACCCGCACCAAAAAGUCCCACACCGCAAGUACGCAGCACCGCUCGGAGUACCAAGCUCACGAAGCGACCCUUCAAGUCACCGGCCACAGCGUCAACGACCAACGGUAGCAGUAACCAGGCCGACGGCAGUUCGGCAGCCGAUGCGAAGAAAGCUGCGGCAGCUGCAGCCGCUGCCAAACGUGAAGCCCAGCGGAAACAGCUGAUGGAGUUGAAACGGAAACAGAAACUCGCCAACAGCCAACAGAAUGUGGAAAUAUUCGUUCCUGGAGCCGUUGCCAAUGGGACGUCAUCGGCGGUGAAUACGGCAGCUGCUGACACAAACGGUGCAUCGGUGCCACCUCUAGUGGACGCGAGCUGAUCCCGCGCUCCCGAUGCUUGACCUUUACUGGACUCAACCGGACCAGAGCCGGAUGUUACGUAGAUUAUCGUUUGUUUGUAAUUAUAGAGGAAGAUUUUUCGUUAUCUUGGACAUUGGUAUAGGCGCUAAAUCAUAUGUGUACACGUACGGCUCGAACCCUGCACAUGGGACACGCAUUCACUCAUGCUAACACACAUAACCAUUAGUAGUAGAAAUAGUAGUAGAGAUGACACACGUGGAUCGACUGACUGAUUAACAAGACGACACUAAGAGAGAUUGGAAAAUUCCGGAAUGAAUGAGAAUUCGAGACAAAUGUGGGGUGAAAUAUUGAGCAAGCGAGCGAGCUUUUCGAAAGUGAAAAAUGAGGUAAACACGAAACUGAAAUGCAUCAAAUGUGAUUUUACGAGAAAUGACAAACUUUUUAUAUGUUGAAUAAACUUAUUAUUAGUUAGCUGGUAUUACGAUACAACAAUAAAACAAUGCGAAGAAAUAAGGCAUAAUAAAA